GACUUGGUGAUACUACAAUACUCUUGGAGCUGAAUGAUAGCAGUGUAUAUCUUCAUGAAGAAGUUCUGAAAACCUUUCCCAAACUCAGUGAUACAGGCGGUUAUGAAUUGUUAUUGCACCAGAGAGGAGGCGGGGAGAAUGGAGGAUUUCAUACAAUCAAGCCCCCGCUCUGCAGUUUGCGACUGAAGGAUGUCUGUGGCAAAGCAAAAAUAUAUGUAAGGCCUUUGCAAAGAAAUAUCCCUCUUGAUUCCUUUGAUGAUGAAAUUCCAGAAGAGGAAAAUGAGGUAUAUGUGUGA